AUAGAGAGGUUAAAGAAGUUUAUGAAAUAUCUAAUGCUCAAAAAGCUAGUACAGUAGCGAGUAUGCCUAAUUCAAAUAGCAAGGCCAAUUCUAGCAAAUAUGGUAGCUGUAAAUAUAAGGAAGAAAAUAAAUCUGUGGGAAAUUGGCAAACAGAUUUUGAUGAUAGUAGCUCUGAGUUUUCUGAAAGUAGUAAUUCAAAUAGAGCAAGUAGUUACAAAAACAGAACUAGAAAGAGGCAGCAGUCUCGUAAUUAUGAGAGACCUCAAGGUAGCAAAGAUAAUAGUUUAAGUAUAAGAGAA